GUGCGUUGCGUACAUGACGGGGCCGCUAGCCCUCCCAGCCUCACAAAAUCCAGAUUCCCUGCCACGCUGUUUCCUGCCAACCACACGAAACAGCCAUCGAGGACAAAACCUCGCCCUUUGCUCGACGAAACAUUGAACCCUCUUUUUGCCUUUUGGUACACCACGAUUGCAGUCAACUGCCGUACUGCACAUCUUACACAUUCUACCACCAGACACUCGUUGACCGCCGCUUUACCUUCCCACGACUCUCGCUCCUCGCUCUUAUCGAUAAAUUCAUCGUGUUGGCCGGGUUACCCUCAGCACCCGCCCCGCCGAGCAGCAAGGAAAGAAGUGCUUUCGCGUUUCACACAUCUCCAUCCGUCUGCUCGACAAAUCGUUGGGCGACUGACACAGUCCUCGACCGCCAAACAGCGUACCGUCUAGCAAUCCCGGCACCGGACGUUUAGCUGCAGUAGUUUGGAAUGAGCCGCAACGCCCCUCACGACUUGGAGCUGCAACAGCCACCUCAGGCCCCUUAUGCGACCCAUACCUCGCAGCAUACUGGCGUGAGAUCCCCAUCGUAUCACACUCGCAAGCAGUCUGCGUCUGUGGUCAGCGAACAGGUGAACAAAUUCGACGACGUGGACAUCACCGGACUUCAACCACCACCUUCCGCUUUAACACCCACUACUGCAACUGCAUAUGACCCACAUGCACCUUCCCCACUAGAGGACUUCCCUAGGACUGGCCGAAGUAGUCACCAGCGCACCUUGACCGGUACAAUCUUCGACAACUUCAAUCGCGCAACAUCGACAAUCCAACAGCAUACUUCAAGAGCAUCUUCACCUACAAAAUCUCUGGCAAGCUUCAUUCCCUCAAGAGGCGCUAUCGAAUCCAGCGCUAGCCAGCCUAAGAUUAGGGCGCUACAGAACUGGUUCAACGGCUCCUCUGCGCCCGUGAAGCUAGGUGUCCAGCAACAGGACGACUAUUCGGAUUCCGGCUCCGAGUCAGGAGAGAGUUACGAUUCCGAGUCCGAAGAGGAGGAAGAGGAGAGGGGCAACAUGAUGACCAACCUCUUCAACCGUGGCUCUUCCCUCACGAGGGGCACGUCGCAGAGCCCGAUGCGAUCAGAUGAUACCCACACACCGAGCAAGGCACCGAGCCAGCCCACCGCUAGCAGCAAGUUCGCAUGGCUGUUGUCCACACAAAAGAAUGCCGCCGUCCCCCCUCCACAGCAGUCGCCCACAUACCACAACCCUGACGACGAGUUACUCAAUUUGAACAUAUCACACUCGCUUUUCCCACACGGACCCGCCGAUCCGCUAGCACCUUCGUCCUUCCACGACCUUCUUACCAACGCCGAAGCCCUCCUCUCUCGCUACCAGACCGCCUACCGCCAACUCUCUACUGCCCUGGGAGACGCACAUGCCGAACAAAGCGCGCAGGACGAUGAGCUUGAUGAAGCCGAGACACGGGCAAGGCACCUGAAGAUGCAACUGGAGACAAUGGCAGCACGAGCAGCCGAGCAGGACGAGCAAAUGCGCGUCCUCAUGGAAGACCUCGCGUUUGAGAAGAAAGCUCGUCAAGAAGAAGAGGCUGCUCGUAAGAGGAGUCUGGCCCUCAUUAGAGCAACACCACAGUGUGAGCACACUUCGUGCCAGGAGUCCGCCCGUCGACACAACCGUGUGUCAGGCUCAGAAAUCAGCGUCGAUUCUGGUUUCGAGUCUGAGAAUGAGACCGACGCUGCGAGCGUAUUCUCAAGAAGCUGCCUCAGCCCUACCGGUACCGACCGCUCAUCCAUUCUCGACAACGAUAUUCACGACAUCACACCGAAGGGCCGAAAGCCUCAAUCGCUACAACGGGGAAGCACAUACGACAAGCCCCGAGAAGGCAAAGUCGACAUCGCUAAAGGUGGAUGGGGAUGCGCCAACUGCCAGGGCGGCGCACAAUCUGCUGUUUGGGGCCGCCUAGCGAAGGAGCGAGAGGAGAACCGCACGCUCAGACUGCGUGUUGAAACCUUAGAGGAGGCCGUCGAUGGUGCUUUGAAUGCCGUCACUGGCGCUUGGGGAAUGUAAAUAUUCGUGUACGGGCAUGACUUUGGCGUAUAUUGGCGUUUGGUAUACCACUGUUUGACGAUUGGAUGACUAUCAGAUUGGUUUCAGUCUUUGGAAUGUAGAACGCAUACAUAGAGUAUCGUAUAGCAUCAACUACUACCCACCACAGUACCACUAUGUGUACAAA